AAUCCUAUUGGAUAAAAAGUAGAUGACGUGAAUCUUGAAGACAAUAAGAUACAAUUUAUUAAAAAGUAUAAAUAAGGGCUUUUAGUGCAACUGUUUUACUCGACGGUUUUCUAAGCAUCGUGAAACACCGAAAGAAUCGACAUGGAUCUCAAAUUCGUUGGAAUUCUUCUUCUACUUGCCGCAGCAGUUUACACUGCCCAUGUUCAAAAGGACAAGGAAGAAGACCCUGAAGAAGCAGCUUUUGAAGACUUCGACGAGGAGGAUGAGGUUGAUCAAGAAAAUAUCUCGAAACGAAAAGACGCAGUGAAUAGAGUGGAUAUGGGCCAGUUCGUUUCAGGCAGAAAUAGAUUCUGCACUUGCAAGGUGCCACAUGUACUGGGAGACGAACCAGAAGAAAGCAGAGAUCAAUCUCGUGAACGUAUUAACUCAUUUGCUGAUGAAGCUCAAUAUGACAGGGCUAAAGAGAAUCCUGAAGUUUUGAUCAAAUUGGUGAAACCAUACUUCAAGACCAUGAGCCUAAAAUGUCAUUGCACUGCCAACAAACCUGUUGUGAGGCUGUUGGAGUUCGUACAUUUGGCUAAAGUCGCUGAAAAUAAAGCAAAGGUCGAAUUCUUGAGUAAACUGCGUUCCUUGAUCAAGGUCGUGAAGAAGCAAUAGUAGACGUUAAAGAGACAGAAUCAGUUCUGAGCUUGGUUUUAAUUUUUUACUCUUCACUUAAAAGGACGUUAAGAGGAACGUUUUUCUCUAAGCUAAUUGCAUUUUUUGAACAGAUUUAUAGAUAGCACGUUUUUCUUUAGCUUUUUAUAUUACAGCAGACAUUUUUGUGG